AUGCCGCCCUACACCACCAUGGCCCAUGUGGCCUUCGCUCCUGCUACCCAGCAGACGGUCGUGACGACCACCACAACCACCACCGUCACCCUGCCUCCACUUCUCAUCCGCCCGCCCAGAGACAUGCUCAGCCGUGACCCCAAGCAAUAUCCUCUGGCAUCAACUUCCACUCCUUCAUCGCUGCAGCGCUUCUCUCUCGACCUUGGUGGUACUCCGAUCGUCUACCAGGAAGCCGAAAACGUUCAGUCGUCACUCGACAAGUACAAGCGCCAGCAAGCACAGCUGCAACAAUCUAACGGUGUCAUCCGCAGCCAAAAGGCCUCCUCACAGACCCAUCACACUCCUACUCGACCGCAGGAACUCCGUCCACCGCCGCCCAAGAGGCCAUCCUCACCACCCAGUCUUGCCGAGGCCGCAGAGCUUGCUAGUCUGCACCGUCGCAGAAAACACCCUCGCUCGCUCUUGUCACGCACUUGCUCUGGCAUCACCUACCCGCUCGACGACGACCUGCAACCUUCUGCUUCACAUUCUGCCUCUGCCCUGAACCGUCCCAUGCCAGUCACACCAGACACUGAUGCCGCCAUGGGCAGCGACCGGGAACAGCAGCGAGUGGCCUCUCUUACAGAAAAAGCUCGUGAAUGGCAAGAGCAGCAUGCGAGACAAAAGGCCUCACUCGCAGCCGGUCCGAGCCACUCCUUUGAUAGGGAUGCCGCCACUGCCACACCACCUGUUGCAGAGGGCGAUCUCGAACCUGUGGACAACCCGUACCCCCGUCUUGAACAGCCAAGACCGUUACCCGCUGGCUUGCUCGCAGGCUCACAGCAAGAUGCCAGCCUUCCAAGCCCGAGUCUCUCUCCCGUCACAGCCGCUGCCAAUCUGGCCCGCAGUCACCAGCUUCUUCUAUCAUCUCGUGAUGUCGACGACGAAAAUGCCAGUCAAGUAUCCAGACUGGACCUUGAAGACAGCAUGAUGGCCGAUCAACCGGAUGCCCCUACCAGUUCUAGCGAAAUCACCCUUCAGUCUCUCACGCGCACUCAGCAGCCCAACCUGCCUCCCCUGACACUAAUGGAUGUCCCGACAAUGAUUGAUGCUUACGAUGCUUUGCCCGAAGACAUGCAAUCUUAUGUACUCUAUCAAAUGCUCAGACGCUCAACGAAGAAGUCGUUGAGGACAGUCGCUUCGCUAGUCAACCCUGCACUGAAGUGCGAUCCCUUUGACGUGCUACCAGUGGAGUUGGGAUUGCAGAUCACAAAGUUCUUGGAUGUCAAAAGUCUCUGCCGUGCGGCUCAGGUCUCGAAGAAAUGGAGACAUUUGAUAGACUCGGAUGAAAGAGCAUGGAAAGAACUUCUUGACAGAGAUGGUUUCAACUUGCCAGAGGGCGAGGUUGAACGCGCGGUACGUGAAGGAUGGGCAUGGCAAGCCCCUUCUCGAGAUGGUUAUGAGGAGGAUCUCGGCGUUUCAGGAUCAACACGCUCAGUCUCUAGAGUCGUUGAACUUGAGCCGAUGAGUCCAUUGGCUGCAGCUUCGGUGAGUAGCGACGAUGCUGGCUCUUCUGCAUCAUUGCGCAUCACACGGACCAAGAGAAAGGCAAGCAGCAGUUCUGGAAGUCACAAAAGACAGAAGCGUAAGACGUCCAGACGCCAAGACGAUGCCCCUCUUUGGCUGCGCGACUUUCAAACAGCACAAGGUCCGAUGGCUUACGCAAGCGCUGCCGCCAAAGCAGUGCCUAAUCCCAGCGUAGGUCUUCCAAGUUUGACCAACUUGCAUCUCUUCAAAUCCAUCUACCAAAGACAUUACAUGAUUGCGAAAAGCUGGAUGGACACCGAGGCAAAGCCACGUCAUCUGGCUUUCCGCGCCCAUCACCGCCAUGUCGUCACUUGCUUGUUGUUCGACUCAGACAAGAUCUUGACCGGUAGCGACGACACCAACAUCAACGUGUAUGACACCAAGACUGGAGUGUUGCGCAGGAAGCUCGAAGGACACGAAGGUGGCGUAUGGGCACUACAAUACGAAGGUGACACGCUGGUAUCUGGCUCGACAGAUCGCUCUGUUCGAAUUUGGGACAUCCCUUCUGGCAAAUGUUUACAGACAUUCCAAGGCCACACCUCUACCGUCCGCUGUCUUGUCAUCCUAAAGCCUGUCAAGAUCGGCACCGCUUCAGAUGGCUCGCCCAUCAUGAUGCCAAAGGAGCCCUUGAUCAUCACCGGUUCGCGUGACUCUACGCUCAGAGUAUGGAAGCUCCCUCGCCCGGACGACCCGCAGAUUCAUCAAGCUGGGCCGCCAGCGAACGACAGCGAUAACCCUUACUCUCUGCGUGUUCUUACUGGUCAUCACAACUCAGUCCGCGCUAUCGCAGCGCAUGGUGACACUCUCGUCAGCGGUUCAUACGACUGCACCGUUCGGGUGUGGAAGAUCUCGACUGGCGACAUGGUGCACCGUCUGACAGGACACACACAGAAAGUUUACAGUGUGGUCCUCGACCAUGACAGAGGUCGUUGCAUAUCUGGGUCAAUGGACAACCUGGUCAAGGUGUGGUCUCUCGACACAGGAAACUGCCUUUUCAACCUUGAUGGACACACGUCUCUGGUGGGCCUCCUCGAUCUCAGCCACGGACGUCUGGUCAGUGCUGCAGCAGAUAGCACUCUGCGCAUCUGGGACCCGGACAAUGGAAACUGUCAGUCCAUCUUGUCAGCCCAUACUGGGGCGAUCACCUGUUUCCAGCAUGAUGAUCAGAAAGUCAUCAGCGGCUCAGACCAAACACUCAAGAUGUGGGACAUUGAAUCAGGUGAAUGUCUACGUGAUCUCCUUUCGGAUUUGAGUGGAGUGUGGCAAGUUCGCUUUGACGAGAGAAGAUGUGUUGCCGCGGUGCAAAGAAAUAACCUUACUUACAUCGAGGUGCUGGACUUUGGCGCGGCUCGAGACGGUAUACCGGAGAGCAAACGCGGCCAUAGAAUCGUGGUCGACCCACGCGGCCGCGAAAUCGAGGACGUCGAAGCAACCGCGGAAACGCAAACAGCCGCAGCAGCAGCAGCAGCAGCAGCAGCAGCAGCAGCAGCAGCACGGGGCGGCUAG